AUGCAUGCUCAAAACGUCUUCAAGUCCAUCUCUCAAGAGAUGAUCCAAGGUGGCUCUCCCAACGAUGGUGAUGAUGAACUCUCCAUUCCUUCGAGUGCAUCCCCCAUUGUAACAACCUCUUCUCGUUCCUUCAUCAACAAUGGUGUCAUUUACUUGGAUUCACCCUCUAAAAUCUCCGAAUGCUUGGAGUCCUUCUUGGAACCACUCAAUUUUCAAUCUAUAACCAUAGGUCCAUCUGCAGAUUCUUUGGAGGCCACUCUUCUUCAAAGCUUUCCAAGCAAAGACUAUGUGAAUUCUAUCCUUAACCGUGAUUCCUUCCCUUCAUCCCUCAAUUGUCCUCUUUUUGUGUACAGGAAUAAGGACAUGAUUUCAUUAAUCGAUUCUUUAGUGAUUAACUCCAUAUCUUCUUCGCCAUCACUCAAACAACACAUUGAUAACUCCAAUCAUCGAACUUGUCAGCUUCAGCAAGCUUCGAAUGAUCUAAACAAACUUCUUCAAGAGCUUUCAGGAAGAAAUCCUCCGACAAGGAAAAAGAUAGAGAAGAAAAGGACCAAGUCUUCAAUUUUAGAACGACGAAAAUGCAGAUUUUCAAUUCAAACUGAUUCCCUAGGAGAAUAA